AUGACCCAUCCUGCCGUGCUUGCAGUCGCUCUGCUGGGUCUCCAGGCUGGCGCCCUCCCAGAUAGAGAUGACCCAGCCAUCUUGCGACGCGCCUGCCCAGACUACACCUCCUAUGCAUCAACACCACACGCUCCCUAUAGUGGUGGUCCCUUGAACCUUCCCUUUCAGCGACCUGCGGAACCAUGUCGGACAUUCUCAUCGCCCGCCGUGGAGAAAGUCAUUGACGAUAUCACCUCGCGCUUGGUAGACAAGGAUUUGGCCCAGCUCUUCCGAAAUGCAUUUCCAAAUACCCUAGACACAACAAUUCGGUGGCAUACCAACGGGUCGACAUCAUCCGGCACCAAUGCCAGGCGGGACGGCGCGCAAUGGACCGGCGUGCAGACCUUCGUCGUGACCGGCGAUAUCAACGCCGAGUGGCUACGUGACUCAACAAACCAGCUCACAAACUACCAGAAACUGGCUGCUAAGGAUAAGAGUCUUUAUUCACUCAUCCUGGGUGCUAUAAACACACAGUCCGAGUUCGUCAUCCAGUCGCCCUAUUGCAAUGCGUUCCAGCCACCGGCUCUCAGCGGUAUCAAGCCGGAAGCUAGCAGCCAAAAAGAUACUGUGCAUCCUGCCUACGACGAGUCUUUUGUAUUUGAGUGCAAGUAUGAACUUGACUCUCUGGCCCAUUUCCUACAGCUAGGCACCGAGUUCUAUGAGAAUACUGGUUCAACUGAGUUCUUGACCGACCGAUGGUACAAAGCGCUACAAACUGUGCUGGGAACCAUCGAUGCGGAGUCUCAGCCUACAUUCAAUACCCAGGGCCAGUUCGUCCAAAAUCAGUACACGUUCCAGCGAGAGACUACCAUUGGCACUGAGACCCUCAACCUAGCUGGUGUUGGUAACCCGCUAAACAGCGACACUGGUCUUAUUCGCAGCGCAUUCCGGCCUAGUGAUGAUGCUACGAUCCUAGGCUUCUUCAUCCCGCCCAACGCUAUGAUGUCCGUACAGCUCCAAAAGACGGCAAAAGUCAUCAAGGCAGCCGGUGGACCUGAAAGUCUCGUUGCAGACCUGCAGGAGCGCGGCACCAAGCUAGCCAAGGCAGUUCGGGACCACGGUAUUGUCCAACACCCCAAAUAUGGAGAUGUCUACGCAUUUGAAGUCGACGGGUACGGGUCACGUAUUCUCAUGGACGAUGCCAACAUCCCCUCACUGCUCUCGUUGCCCUACCUCAGCUUUCUGGACAAAUCAGACCCAGUCUACCAGAAUACACGCAAAAUGAUCACCGACAAGGCCUCCAAUCCAUACUACCUAGUGGGCCCGCAGUUCCAUGGCAUCGGUGGCCCACAUAUCGGUCUUGAAAACGCCUGGCCCAUGUCUCUACUUGUCCAAGCUAUGACCUCUGACGACGACGCUGAGAUCAUUGGAAACCUCAACCUCGUUCGUAACUCUAGCUUGCUUGGGCUUGUUCACGAAUCUAUCAAUGUCAACAACAUCAAGGACUAUACCCGUCCCUGGUUUUCGUGGGCGAACUCGGUCUUCGCGCAAACUGUUCUCAAGAUUGCUGCUGAGAGGCCUCAUUUGAUCUUUGGUAUCAAUGCGAAGCCUUAUACUAUCCAAAGGAAAGCGAACUUCAACUUCCCGCUUAUCCUCACUAUAUACCCACGAUGGGAUCCCCACACUUUUGUACCGAUUGCUCUAGGAAUUAUCCUUGACAACCUAAUCCGAUAUGUUAUUGGCCAUGUCUUAAUGUCCAUAUUAAUCCUUGAAACUGUGGAGAAGCAAGCCAAUGGUUCUGAGCUCGGGAACAAGAAGCCGCCCUCCAGUCGCAAACUAUUCCGAACCAUUGCCGUCCUCUACCGCAAAGGCGGCCUCCGUCUUCUCUUCAAUGGCAUCGGUUCCGCCUGUACCUACUGGGUGAUACACUCCUCGGUGGCAAAGCUAUCCAGUAUUCUACUUCCAAGUCCGGUCGCGUAUAUCGUUGCAUCAGUCCUGUUAGCCGAGACUCGUUUCUUGUGGACUGCGCGCAUCAUCCUUCCGCGCGACCAGCUACACCUCGUGUCCGAAUCCCGUGACCGCCAGAGAUGGAAAGCCCUGGUGAUUCCUACUCUGGUCUAUGCCAUGGCCGAUGCGGUGAUGAUGCAUGUGCCGGCUCUAUUUGACAGCGACCUCGCCCUAUCGGACGAGGAAAUCGCGAUAGCGGGACUGUCGUACAUUGUGGGAUCCGAUAUCCUGAUAGCCGGCUUCAUGCUUUUCGCCCAUCUGUUUCUCCUCCUUCCUUCUUACAUAGUGUUAAUUCUGGUUCAGGCCAGUCUUCUGCCGCCUGCCUGCGAAACGCUAGUCUUUGCGUCGACACCGCAGCGGCGGGGUAGACGGGUUGGGGAGAUCUUUGAGGUUAAUAGAGGUCCGCUAAAAGCACAGGAGGCGGUGCGAAUGGUUGGGGUGGUGCCGUUGCUCUGGUGUCUGGAACUACAUGGGAAAAUGUGUUUAUGUUUGUUUGGUGUCGCCGCUGUGGUGCAUUCCGCAGUCUACUAUAUGAAAUAA